UCUCCUGUCUCUGCUGCUUCCCCUACUUGUGUUCUCUCACUCACUCUCUAAUAAAUAAAUAAAACCUUAAAAAUUUUUUUAAAAAUAGUUUUCUGCACUCAGCCAGCAGCCCAUUGGCCGAGGGUCAUGGGCGGCUUUUUGGAGCGUGUAGCGCUGCUGGGGUUGUUGAGCGGCCUGCAGGCCCCUGACCCAACCCUGCUCACAUGCCCCAACUCCAGUGGGUCCUCCUGGACCUGGGAGCAGACCCUGGUUGCAGUGCAGCCAGAUGGGGUGCAGUGGCGGCUUGCUGGGGAUGUGAUCCAGCGCUUUGAGAGGAGGGACUUCAAGGUGGUGGGGAUGAAGACACUGCAGGAACAUCAUCCAUGCAGUGACUCUGUGGAGGGGGCCGGAGAGAGACAGCUAUGGCUUCAGAGCAGUGAGCCGGUAGACUGGGCAGACAAAACCCACCAGAGCAGCAUCCACCCAACCUGA